AUGGCACUUGUCCGGGACCCGGCGUUCUGGAAACGCUUCUCUGCCGCUAUGCACCUCGACGAAGAAGCAAAGACGGAAACAGGACCAAAGAAACCUACCAUCUGGACAGAUCAUUGGAUUGAGGCCCAACGCCAGAAAAGAAGGCGGACUUUCAUCUGUGGCAUCUUGAUCUUUCUCAUAGUAGCGAUAAUUGUUGCGGCCAUUGUUGUCGUCAUCUUGUGGCUGAAAUCGAAGAACUGGCUCAAGCCUGAAACAGAAGCAGUGCCGAUGGACCUCAAGAGGAGGGAGCGGGCGGCUCGAUUUGCAUCGCUAUUGCCAGACUACCAUGCGCCCUUCUCGGCUAUCGACAGAGCUAUCAUCAACAAGCCUAUCCAGGAUUUGGUGUAUGAGGUCCAGAAUGACUCCCUGGCACCUUUAGAUGUCCUGCGCACAUACGGCAAGGUUGCAGUCAAGGCUCACGAGAAGACAAAUUGCGUGACUGAGCUUCUAUUGCCUGAGGCAGAAUCAUGGGCCCAGUCCGAAGUAAACCUCAAGGGUCCCCUGGCGGGUGUGCCCAUCUCUCUGAAAGAUUCGGUGCAAAUCAAGGGCUUCGAUAUUACUCUUGGCUAUACCAAGUUUGCGUGUAAACCGUAUAAGGAGGAUGGACCAAUGGCAAAGCUGUUAAAGGAUGCUGGCGCCGUCCCAUAUGCGAAAACGGCACUGCCCGUGACGCUUCUGUCGUUCGAAUCAGCAAACGCUCUCUGGGGUCAUUGCCUUAAUCCACACGUCCCUGAAUACUCCCCUGGAGGCUCGACGGGUGGUGAAGGUGCUCUGCUGGCUCUUGGUGGUCGCAUCGGUAUCGGGUCUGAUGUCGCUGGCUCGGUUCGCGUUCCCGCGGCCUGGAGCGGCAUCUACUCCCUCCGCUGUAGUACUGGCCGUUGGCCCAAGGUUGGAGUCAACACCAGCAUGGCUGGCCAGGAAGGUGUUGCCAGUGUCUUCAGCCCGAUGGCCCGUACUUUGAACGAUCUCACCUAUUUCACUAAAGCUAUUGUCGGAAUGAAGCCUUGGAACUACGACCAUACCGUUCACCCUAUCUCCUGGAGAGAAGAUGAGGAAAGCGAAGCGCAAAACAAAAAGCUGAGGAUCGGCCUCAUGAGCAAUGACGGUGUUGUUCCCCCAACGCCGGCCAUUGCACGUGCUGUUUCCACCACAGUAGCCGCCCUCACCGCCGCUGGACAUACUGUGUCUGAGAUCACACCCCCGGCUGCGGCUGACACUUUUACCGGUCUCUCCCUCGCCUCGCAGCUGCUCAACUCUGACGGGUGCGUCACUUUCAACUCGCAUCUGCACAGCUUUGAGCCAUCCGACCCUGGUGCGGAUCAGCUGACACGGAUUUGCAAUCUGCCCCGUCCUCUACGUUAUCUCUACUAUCUUUGGGUUCGGUACAUCCGACGGGAUGAGAAGUGGGCGACGCUGAUCCGCGGAUUUGGCCCCAAGUCUGCGGCGGAGCUUUGGAAGCUCACUGCCCAGCGGGAAGCUUUCCGGGCGACCUGGCACAGCUGGUGGGACGCCGAGACGCAGCAGUACGAUUUCAUCCUCUGCCCCGUCAAUGCGACGCCGGCUCUGCCCCACAAAGCCAUGCACGAUGCUGUAUCUUCAUGCGGCUACACGUUCCUCUGGAACCUGCUGGACUACACGGCCGGUGUCCUGCCUGUCUCGCACGUGGACGCGAAGAAGGAUGCCCUGUCAGGGCCAUACAAGAAGGUGCUGAAACAGCUGGGAGCCAGCAACGCGGUGGCCUACGGUGCCUGGAAGCACUACGACGCGGCGAAGAUGGCGGGAUUGCCUACCGCGGUGCAGGUGGUGGGACGCAGAUGGCAGGAAGAAAAGGUGCUGGGAUACAUGGCGGCAGUUGAGGAGGCCUUGGAGCAGUAUCAGGACCCGGUGACUGGGGAAGGAGGAAAAUACCCAUUGAUUGAGCUUGACUAG